UGCUGCUGAGUUAGGAUCACCUCAUUCCCCUGGAAGUUUUUCCGAUUCCACCAACCCGUCACACCGAGGAAAACUGCCCUCGGUUACGGGAGAAUUAUUAUCUAUAUCGGACAUACAGUAUCGUUUCACUCCCUGUGACUACUUUUAUUUAAUUUGUGUAUUUUGACUAUCCAUUUUUUUGCAACACCGGCUAUUUUCGCCCUCUUUUCAUCUCCAGCGCUUUCCAUUUUAGAGGCAGGGGAAGACUUGGUGUCCUGAGCAAUUGGAGUGACUAAACCAAGUUUUUCCCCUGCAUUGCAAGAGGAAUGAAUAGCUACACGAGCUGAGAGAGAGGAGGAAGACACUACACGCGUAUGGUUGAAUGAUCGACAUGGAAUGCAACAAUCUGAUCAACGAUUUGGGAGAAAAUGGGUUGCCUUCAGCUACAUCUUCCAUUAUGGCACCAGAGGAGAGUUCCUCCAACAUGAAGAAGGACGACAGCGAUGACGUGAAGAGCCCCCAGAAAACAGAGUCGCCACUCAAAGCCCACACCCCAACAAAGAUGGACGCCGAGCAGAGAGCACGCACACCCACUAAAGCGGACCGUGUCCCCAAAUCUCCCAUGUCCCCAGCAACACCCACACGGAGAACAAGUUCUAGCCCCAGACCCAAUAAAGACGCGAUGAAGUCUGAAGACCGACAGAAACAAGCGAAGGAGCGCCGAGAGGAGCGGGCUAAAUAUCUGGACGACCGUAAGCAUCUACAAGCGGCUAAGAAGGCCCAGUGGCUGGAGAAGGAGGAGAAGGCGCGGCAGUUGCGGGAGCAGCAGCUGGAGGAGCGCCGUCGGAGGCUGGAGGAGCAGCGCGUGAAGGCCGAGAGGAGGCGCGCCGCCCUGGAGGAGCGACAGAAGCAGAAGCUGGUGAAGAACAAGGAGAAAUAUGAAGCCGCCAUCCAUAGAUCCACCAAGAAGACGUGGGCCGAGAUCCGACAGCAGAGGGGAUCCUGGGCGUGGCUCUCCACGGCAACAGCCAGAGAGAGAGUGAGCAUCUGCUCGAUGUCGGCAGUCAACCUCCCCAAACAAGUGGACUCGUCCAUAAACAAGAGACUGUCCAAGUCCUCCGCCACGCUCUGGAACUCGCCCAGUCGAAGCCGUAGACGGGAGCUGAGCCCAUGGGAGAGCAGCAUCGUGGACCGGCUGAUGACCCCAACCCUGUCCUUCCUGGCUCGCAGCCGCAGCGCAGCUAGCGUGCUGAGCAACAGCAGAGACUCACAGUCCCCCGUGUGCCCUCGCUCUGCCUCCGCCAGCCCGCUGACCCUGUGCGCCCACCGGCCGCACCACCGCUGCUCCGACCGCUGGAGGGUCACCACCAGCACCCCAGACAUCGCUCAGCGCACCCCUCGACGAGACUCCACACCGAUUGAUAGAAGGAAGAAGGAGAAGAAGGACAAAGAGCGAGAGAAUGAGAAAGAGAAGAGUGCCCUGGCCAAAGAGAAGGUGCUGAAGAAGAGACAGUCUCUACCCGCCAUGAGGAUCAGGAGUGAAGCCAGUCCCAGUCCUCUGUCGCGACGGGCGGCGUCCCCGGCCACACCCCCCCGAGGCAGGGUGUCCUCGCCCAGCCCGGCGCCAUCCCCGCGGGGCUCCUCUGCCCGCGCCAGCCCCUCCACCCCCAAGGCUCGGCCCAAGCGCGCCAGCACGCCUGCCCGCGUCCCCCCCCGCUCCGCCUCACCCGCCCCCAUCGAGAGGGUCCGAGAGCGAGGCCGGUCCGCCACGCCCGACUCUAAGGGAUCCUCCCCUGUUCCCUCCAUCAUCGUGUCUUCCGCCCCAGUCACGCCACCCCCCACCACCACCACCCCUGUGGCAUCGUCCGCCACCACCACGCCGCCCGUUGCUCCCGGCCAAUCGCAGCCAGCUCCCGCUCCGGCUGUCCCAGCAUCCUCUGCUGCCCCGGCAGCGUCCACUCCCACUCCGGCUCCGGCGGCAGCUCCAGCGGCCUCUCCGGGCAAGCCCAUGGCGGGCACCAACAACCCGGAGGAGGCGUCGCGCAUCCUGGCCGAGAAGAGGAGGCAGGCUCGCGAGCAGCGGGAGCGGGAGGAGCAGGAGAAGCGCGAGCAGGACGAGAGGGAGAAGGUGCUCCGUGAGGAGCGCGUUGCGCGGGAGGCGGAGGAGCGGAAGGGGCGGGAGGAGGAGGCGCGGCUGAUGGCCGAGCAGCAGAAGCAGCGGGACGAGGAGGAGCGCCUCCUCCAGGAGAAGGAGGCGCAGGAGAGAGCGCGCGCCGAGCAGGAGGAGAACGAGAAGCUCCAGAAGCAGAAAGAGGAGGCUGAAGCUAAGUCCAGGGAGGAGGCAGAGCGUCAGCGCCUUGAGAGGGAGAAACACUUCCAGAAGGAGGAGCAGGAGAGACUGGAGAGAAAGAAGCGUCUGGAGGAGAUCAUGAAGAGAACACGCAAAACAGACGGCACUGGAGACAAGCCAAAGGACUCCAAGCCGCCCUCGCCUCCACAAGUUAACGGCAAAGACGCCAUACCAGACCCCGAGAGCACCAAAGCUGCAGCUGACUACCAGCCAAGCCCAGAUGAGACUCAGCAGCAGCCCCUGAGCGCUAACGACAGCUCCUCGGUGGUGAACGGAGUCCAGCCUGCCAAGCACGAGAACGGCCUGUCGGGCAAAACCGAAGCCACCCACUUCGAGGAGAUCAUCCAGCUGUCCAAUCACUGCGGCAGCAAUGGUGGUGGGCGGGACAAGUCGGAGAGUGACAUUCCUCACGAGCCAAUCAUGGCCUUUGAGAGUGGGGAGAGUUUCCUGAAGAAGGCGGGCCCAAUGAAGCCUCAGCAUGUUGCAGAAGUGCUUUGAAGAGGGAGAUGCCCUUACACAGGACCCUGACACACCCAGAGCCCUCACAUCCCAACCCAGCAGAGGGACUCUCUAUCUCUCUCUCUCUCUCUCUCUCUCUCUUUCUCUUGCUCUUGCUUUCUCUCUCUCCUUCUUUAACCCUUUCCGUUUUUUCUGUCUUCUAUCUUUCUCAUUCUCAUUCUUUAUUUCUCUCUCUCUCACUCACUCACUCUCUCUCUCUCUUUCUCUCUCUCUCUCUCUCUCUCUCUCUCUCUCUGAAGGAGUACAGCCUACAGCACAGUACCUGUGCCAAACCACAUUACUGAUUUUGAAGAUUGUACAAAGAGGAACAGCCUCAUCACCACCUCCUCCCCAGACGACAAAUGUCUGGGAACUGUCAUUCUCAUUGAGGUCUCUAAAACACUACCCCUCUCUCCAACCACUACCACCACUUGCUUCUAACACACACACACACACACACACACACACACACACACACACACACACAUUGUCUCGGUCAAGAGAAGCUACAUACAUCCACUGCUCCAGCUAACAAGAAAAUGUACAGAAACUGCACCCGUGACUAUUCUACUGAUCAGAAGAGCUGGUGCCGCUGAGAACUCCGCACCCUUUCUCCUUCCUAUGAGAUUGCACCUUAAAACAGACAGCAUCACCUUCUCUUAGAGAGAGACGGAGGACAAAACAGCAGGAUAUAGAGGGGGAGAGGAAGAAAGAUUUGACAUUUAUAAUGAAAUGCUGUCAGGCUGAUUCUACUGUGCUUUGAGCUGAAGAGAGGAGAGUGUUGGUGGUUUUCGAUUCUUUUUUUUUUUUUUUUUUUUUCAAUGUUUAGUUAUUUAACUUGAAAAAGAAAUGUAACUAUUGGGUACAGUUGUUUGUGAAUAUUGUAAAUGGAUCUUUGUGUGCUGGACUUCAGAAGAAUGCAGUCUAGGAUUAAAAAUGGUCUUUAUAUAGAGAGUACAGCUUGCAAAGGUUUUACGAAAGGGAGACUUGGGUCUGCAAUACAUCGUUUUAUUAUUCAGAAGACCUUCAUCGGACUAUCAAUGUGGUCAAAAGAAAAUGUCUUGUAAUUGGCCAACAUUGUUACUACUUCACAUUUUCCCUUUUUUGGUAUCUGUACUAGAAGCAUGAAUUGGUGUGAUUCUCCAGCCCUUACCAAAUUCAUGAGCUUGCAACUUAUGUCCUCUAUAGAAGAAAAAAAAGUGUUGGUUAUUUUUAAAAAAGUGUUUUUGUUACUUCUUUUUUUUUUGGCUGUGCACUCACUAGGAAAAUGAUUCCAUUCUCCCCUAUGUUCACAAAGUGCUUUCAGAAAUCCUGGUAUUCCCUACCCAUUAAACACACGUUACAGUAUAGUCAAUGGAUCAGUAGCUUUGCGGGAGUCUUCUUUGAAGCAGAGGUGUAUUGUACAAUGACUGAUACCUGGGAACAUUUUACGCAGCCUUUUGUCUGAAUAUGCAAACACUGGGAUUGGUCAGAUGGAAUGUAAACUCUCAGAUGGAGUGUUUUGUAAGAAAACACUGUUUGACUGGGCCUUAAUGAUUCUCUGUAAAUGGCCAUCACCGGGGCUUGGAAACGGAAUGUAUGACAUUGGUCCCCUGAGCAUCAGAGGGUAGUUUUAUCAGAAUUAUGAAAAUGGAAAUUUUAAAGCAUGACAUGCCAUCACUGAAAUCCCACAGAUUCUCAAAUGUAUUUGCAAAAGCAGUGUGUGUGUAUAUGCUAUAAAUAUAUUUUGUGUGUCGGAGGGUCUCACUCGAAGUCUAUUAAAAGAAGAAAAAAAGAUGAUA